AUGUUCACGGACAUGAACGGCGAGUUGCAGUCGGACCUUCUGUCUCGGGAGGAACUACGGUCGGAACGAAAAGUUCUCGAAGGGACGGCCGCCGAGCUCGUCAGUGCUCAGGCCGCGUUAGCUCAAGAACGGGUUCGGCUCGACGAGGCCAAACGGGGAUUUGCAGCCAAGGUGGCCGACGAGCGUGCCCUGUUUGACGAGGAGCGCCGAUCAUGCGAAUUUGGAGAGAUGAACAUCGCGAUGCAGGCGGAACGAUCGCGACUUCUGUCAGAACGGCUGGAACUGCUUCGCGUGCCGCCACCAACCCCGGACCAACCCAACGUCGUCCCCGCGUUGGAGUAUGAAACGGCGCAUCCUGUUCAACAACCUGGCUACUUGCAUGACUCGACGGUACAAGUACGGCGAGCCCCGUCUGGUGGUUCUUCGGUUUCUUCUACGGUCAUGGGCUCUGACUUCACGAUCGACCGGACUCCGGUCCUUGGUAUGCACCCCUCGAAAGGUUCAGUGACUGACAAAUUGGAUGCCAUCUUUGACACCUUGAAGACGAUGCAGACUCCGUUCCUUCCGACGAGUCAUACUAUACUGGUGUACAUGGCGGGAACGAGCACUUCAGUUAUGGAGCCGGCUCUGGCUUCGACGAUGGGAACGCACGCCCCGCUUCGUCCGGAGCCGUACCGGUCCGCACCUGCCCCUACGAGUGGCCGUGGCGAUGGCGGUGACGGGAACGAUCCGCGCCGAUUUGGAGAAGGCGCAUAUGGUUCGGGUGGACUCAGUGGGGGCGGCGGACCCGGAGGGAAUGGUGGUGAUGGCGGUGGAGAUCCGGCUCCGUAUCCACGGUUUGGUGCGGACCCAUACUCCCGUCGGCCGGCGGAUCGACAUUCGUUGGUGGGCAACGCCCGCAAGCAAUCGCUUAAGCUCGAAAGUGUGGACAAGUUGCAAUUGGACCAUUUCUUGGGACAUCUCGACGACCUUCAGAUUGAGUUCGAGCUGACGGAUAUCGAGCUCAUACGCAUCUUUCAAUACAGCGUGGCCGAGUCGAAGAUCCGUACUGUCCAGGAUUGGUGGGCCCGUCGUCACCGCGAAGGCUCGAACCGGACUUGGCGCAGCACAAGAAGCGCAUUUUACAAGGAGUUUGUACAGAAGAGCAUGAGCGCGAAGAUGGCCGAAAUCACGCAGAACAGUAUCCGCAAGGCGAAAGAAACCGUCCGGGAAUACGCGUGGCGUAUCAACGAUGCCGCCCAAGAUCUCGAGUUGCGACAUUCUCAAGCGGUGCAGAUCUUCAUCGACGGUUGCAAGGAUCCUGGCGUGGCCUCGUGCAUCCGAGGGUCGGAGACGCGACCGGGUACGAUUCAGGAACUCAAUGACGCGAACGGACACGACGUUCCACGAUUUACGUCCUCGGCGACGCGGGUGAACCGUACGAACUCGACGGAGGCGACCAGCAAGUCCACAGAAGAGGCUAUGGCGGCGCUUCGGGCAGAUGUAGCCUCAAUGAUGCAAAACCAGUUGGUUUCAUUGACGAAUGUAGUGGCCAACAUCGCUCCGCGUCGUCCGUCGGGGAAUCAGCCGGUGGUGCCGAAUAUCCACAUGGAUCCCGACGAGACGACGACACAGUCGGGCCGUGUGCGGGGGAUCGCCGAUGCUACAACUACAAUGAGCCGGACCAUCUUCGUGUGGAGUGCCUACGGGGUGAGCCUUGAGCAGGCUCCGUUGGAAAGUCAGGACCAAUACGAGGACCAAUACGAGAAGUCGGUAGUCGACUCAGUUGCGUCAUCGGAAGCACGAGCGGUACGGGUGGACAUUCCUGUUCAAGGUGCGGCGUCGACAGCCGGCGGGUAUGCAUGUUUGCCGCAUUCGACCUUAGUAGAGUCGCAGGCCACGGGACGGGAAAAGCUGACGUUGCCGUCUGUGAACGACCCGUCGGUCCGCUGGGUCUUCACCCCUCACCAAAUUGAAGCAAUCGUCCGGUGCGACUUUCCAGGGAUCGUGGAAGGUCUUCACUCAGACAUGGAAGAUCGGAUGUUACCGUUGACCAAGGCAGACGUGGCGGACCAAGUACGGAAAAUCCGCGACCGACGCAAGAGUCCCACGCAUCGAGACAUUGCGGAGGUGAUCGUGCAAGCGAUUCAGAGGAAAUUGACAGACGAGGAUAUGCGACUAUUGGAAACUCCGGCGGAUGUGGACGAUCCGGCCAGAUGGCUUCGGUGGUUCGCGAGUGCCCUGGAGACGUGUGAAGAAGCUCGUCGGGCGGAUCGGAAUUUCAACGACAACCGAUCGGCAUUGGUGGCGACUACUUGGUGGGCCCGGAUUUACCGCAAAUACGUCCGUUCCACCGAAAUUCAUGGUGUUGGUCCGGUCGGCGAGUCCGAGUCUGGCCGUCUACACCUGGCGACUUCCGAGAUGUUCGAGAAAUCGGUCGUAGCAGCGGUCGGGUGUGAUGUCCGGUCCAGGAAGCGGGUGAAUUUCUAUGGGUGUGCCGAGUACUGUUUCGACUUAUUGGGGCUCACCGCAUCAAUCCCAUUAGUGGAUCUGGAAUCGACUCGGCGUCCAGAUGAGGUGUGGCGACUCAACUGGCAUUGCUUCGCGCCGCGUCGCGCGUUUCUGGAACUCGCGGUGGGUCAUAUAGUCCUCCAAGCCGAGGGGACACCUUUGCCACCUCGGGAAUUGGCGCGAACGCCCCGUCUGCCGGUGGGUUCGGUGGCUGCGGACUCUGUUCAGUUAAUUGGCAAGGCGGAGGUCUUUCACUCGGAUCCAUUUUGCGACACGGAACCGGUUUAUGAACCAAGUCCGGAAGACGAAGUAGCUCGAAGUCACCGCAACGCAUGGCGAAAUGACUCAACAUAUCAGCGGGACUUGUAUACUGUGACGAGUGUGGCGAGGGCCCAUCCGUCUAGACUGAUUUGCCAUCUCAGCAACGACAACGCGGUGCCACUGACGGUAGUGUCUGUGAACGGCGCCAAGAUGUCUGCCCUGAUCGAUACGGGUGCCUUGGUGUCCUUGUUGAGCGAACGGUGUUGGCUCAGUCUUGGGGCUCCCGCUUUGUGGCCUCGAAAGUCUGGGUUGGUUUCUGUGGAGAACCGAUCGCUGGCUACGUUGGGGCUGCGCCGCUUCGCCAUCGGGAUCGCGGGUCGCACCGAAGUUUUUCCCUGUUGGGUCAUGCCAGAUACAGUGGUCGACUGCGUUUUGGGCAUAUACUUUCUGCGGCGGUGUAAAGCGGUCAUUGAUUUAGAGACGAACGAGCUACGAAUCCCGCACACGUCGUACGUGAUCAAGCUUACACCAAUUGACGAGCAUCCGAAGAGUCAGGCUACGAUGGCGAUGGCUACGAGUGAUUCGCCGUUCUUGUCGGACUUGACCACGUUGGCCCUGACGAGUCCACUACGGAUCCGUCCUCGGCAGCGACGGAUGGUCAAGUGUUCGUUUUCCACGCCGAUACCUUGCGGUACCCACGUGUUGUCGGAAUCCCUCCCGGGUUUCCAAAUUCACUUGGCGCGAUCGCUUGGUGUGGCCUCCUCGAACAUGAUCUGGGUACAAGUGCAAAAUCCUAGCGAGGACACGAUCAGGAUCGGCUGUGGCACCUUGGUAGCAACUCUCCCACACGGGUAUGCGGAAGCGGGGGCGCCUAAACCGCCUGAGCCACCGCCUGAGCCACCGCCUGAUCGAGAUUUGCCGACACAUGAUCCGCCCCGGAGUUCGGAUUCGGUUGGGGAAGGACGGACAGUGUGGACACAACAAGCACACCCAAGGGUGAUAUGCCCGGUCCUGAUGAAAACUCCGGCGCCGACAACGGUCCUCAAAGAGAUACCAAUCAACUGGGAACGGUCUGACCUGAGUUUGGACCAACGAGAAGUGCUGCUCAAAGUGCUGCUGCAAUUUGACAUUUUUGUGACGGCAUCGAAAGCCCCUGGACGACGGAUCUGGUUAAGUGUCAUGUGA